UGUAGAAAGUUUCCAUAUCAUGAUAGAGACGCGGGAUUUGAAAACUAGUUUGCCCAAAAAUGAGCAGGCAGACAGUCAUUAAUUAUUUCACCAACAUUACUAAAUACUUCCGCCAGGAGGGAUAUGAUAACCCAAACUAUUUUGACUGUAAUUAAAACACUAAUGGCACAGAACUGAGUUAGUGACAGACCCUUUAACUGUUUUGAUACCUGCUUUGAUAGGAUUUUUGGAAGUUGUAGUUUUUAAUCAAGCUACUGUGCAGCUUGUUAUGAUGAAGAAGCUAGCGGGGAUUUUUGUAAAAAAAAAAAACUACGACUCCCAGCUACCAUAGCGGUGGCAUAGGCAGGAGCUUUCAAAGCGUUGUAGUAUACCUUAUAGAUUUGAUUUUAAAGCAGUCGAAGUUCAGAGUGUCGUGUAGUAAUGUGAAGAUUAAGUGCAGUUGUAUACUAACAUUGUUCCGGAAUUUAGUAAUAAAAAGCAACCACUUACUAGAAGAGUCUAUGGCUCAUCAUUUUGCUUAACUGUAAAGUCAGGAUUUUUCUGGUAAAAGACAUCUUGUGUAUUACCGAAUAACGGUGUACUGAACGGGUGUCAUACCGUCAGAGAGGUAGAAGGGUACAGCACAGAGACCGUUGAGAAAGGAGUGAAUACGUUCCUGGCAGGCUGUACUUUCUGAGGACGAAUACCCCGGGACUGAGGUAUUGGGGACAUGGGGGCUACAGGACGCCUGGUCCCAGUUUUUCGCGCCAAGACUCCUCAGCUGGUUCUUUUGCGUUGUCAGCAUUGUGGUAACUGGGAUGAUUGUGCCACAGCCGAGCAGAGGGUCCAGCCGUCGUUGUCCGGUCACGGCAGAGCUCCUGAUGCAGCCAGUCUUCAGCAUUCGAACUCGGAAUGGACCCCCAGGGACUGCAGAGUUACCAUGCAGUCCCGUUAUAACGAGCUCAAGAAACUUGUGUACGAUUUGCUUCCACCUGGGGUCUGCAAUCUUCUUAAUCCGGCUACGAUUUUUGCCAACAAUGAGAUCAGUUUGGAGGACAUUGGCAUCUAUGGUUUUGACUAUGACUACACAUUAGCCCAGUAUUCAGAUGUGUUGCACACACUAAUCUUCAAUGCUGCUUGCAACAUCCUUAUUGAACAAUACAAGUACCCAAGUGGCAUCAGGAAUUACAAGUAUGUGCCAGGAUUUGCUAUCCGAGGCCUUCACUAUGAUAUAAAUAAGGGCCUACUGAUGAAGAUUGAUGCAUUUCAUUACAUUCAGUCUGAAGCAGUAUACAGGGGACUUGAACCAGUACCAGAUGAUGAGGUUAUUGAUAUGUAUGGAGGAACUCACCACAUUCCACUGUAUCAGCUGAGUGAUUACUAUGGCAAGGGUCCUUCGUUCAAACAGUUCAUGGAUAUCUUCUCCCUUCCUGAAAUGACUCUGCUGUCUUGUGUGAAUGAUUACUUUUUAAAGCAUGGGAUUGAAUUUGAAAGUGCUCAUCUGUACAGAGACAUCACUGAUGUCAUCAGAGAAAUCCACAAAAAAGGAAUGAUCUGUGAGUGGAUUGAGAAGGACAUGGAGAAGUAUAUUAUUCGUGGGGAGGAGACGUAUGCUGUUCUCACCCGUCUUGUAAAUCAAGGGAAGAAGCUGUUCCUCAUUACCAACAGUCCCUACAGUUUUGUAAAUAAAGGAAUGCAGCAUAUGGUUGGUAAACAGUGGCAGGAUCUUUUUGAAGUGAUUAUUGUCCAGGCUGGCAAACCUACCUUUUUCACUGAUAAAAAGCCUUUUCGAAGACUGGAUGAAGAUGGCUUACUCCACUGGGACAAGAUCACAGAACUAGGAAAGGGGAAGAUCUAUCGGCAGGGAAAUCUGACUGAUUUUAUUAGGCUAACAGGCUGGCAAGGUUCUAACGUGUUAUAUUUUGGUGACCACCUGUACAGUGAUUUAGCUGAUCUCAUGCUUCGUCAUGGCUGGAGGACUGCAGCAAUUGUUCCAGAACUAGAAACAGAAAUACGCAUCAUUAACACUGAGGAGUACAUGCAUUCCCUUACGUGGCUGCAGGCUCUCACAGGACUCUUGGAAAGAAUGCAGAUGUACCAGGAUGCAGAGUCCAAGCAGAUCUUAAAAGACUGGAUGAAAGAGAGACAUGAACUGAGGCGGCAGACUAAAUGCCUAUUCAACCCUCAGUUUGGAAGUAUUUUCCGGACAUACCAGAAUCCCACUUACUUUUCGCGAAGGUUGUGUCGCUUUUCUGAUAUUUAUAUGGCAUCCAUCAGCUGCCUUCUGAACUAUGACCUGCACUUUACCUUUUACCCUCGGAGGACCCCACUGCAGCAUGAAGCCCCUCUUUGGAUGGAUCAGUUGUGCACAGGCUGCCUGAAGACACCUUUUCUGGAGGAGAUGGGACACAUUCGAUAAUGGAAGCUUGUUGAAUAUUUAGUCCACGCAACAUCGUUUCAGAUACAGCAAUUACUGUAGUUGCUUUCAGGGUCAGUUCUAUAAUCCAGGACCUCUGCAAGCACUGUUUAUUAUGUGGUCUCUACACAAGGUUUUAGCUCUUGUGAGAGAGAUCACAAGUUUCAAUUUGAUGUGUAUGUUGUGCAUACAUUUGUUCCCUGGAGCACUGACACUCCUCGCUCUCUAGUGUAAGAUAUUUUGUUGCCAUUGUAUUGGCUUAUGAAUGUUGUUGUACUUGCAAUGUGAUUCAUUUUGUGCUUACACUCAAGGUGCUGUGUUUUAAUAACUGUGAACAUGUUAUACUGACAUCGCUAAAAAUCUUGAGGAUUGCAGAAUUUGAAGCAAAUUAGCAGGUCAUUUCCUGAUGGUUUGUACAUAUGUGGAAGUGUGGAUUACACCUGUUUCUCUAAUAGUGUGCAGUUGCUUGUAUAGCUUCUGAUAUGUGGUCUUAGAAAGGCAGUGGGGACCACAGUGGUGGUGAUCAUUUUAAGGUGGGAAGAAUGCUGCAUAAGGCUUUUAUGCAUCUACAACAUGCUGCACAUUUUAGUUCUGCGUGUUGCACCUUUCCUCUGUAUUGCAUUCUUCCUAUCAAGCUGAAGCCUGUUUCUGGAAGCCGAAACUUCAGACAUGACUUCUGAAAGUUUAACUGGAUUUCAGGAAUAGUCUGUUAGUAUUUUUAGACUUGUUAACAAAUGACAGUAUGCUAGCCAAAGUAUAGUGUUGUGUCUGUGUGUGUGUAUGUAUUUUUGUGUCUUUACAUGUUUGUGUUUCUGUAUACCGCAUAUGUGAGAAUGCAGUUGUACUGAGAUGUCUUCAUCAGCUGUGUACUCAACUUUGAACUGUAAUUUCUCUUUAGUGCCUAAGAACAAGUUACAUGACUUGACAUGUCGUAGAACUGUGAGCUCUGCCUAGUGUUCUUGUUCAAGCUGACAUAACAUGGUCUGUGUCAUUCUGGCCUUGGUAUGCCACAACCUCGUCCUUCCUAGUCUGUCAUUCUGUUUGUUGAAACCAAGACGUGUUCUUCCUUCCUGCUAUGUCAUACUGAAGUGAAUCAUGUGAGACUGAGUUUUCAUUAUGUACAAUGUAUAAUUUUGCACUAUGGGAUUCUUCUUUGCUUCUGUUUGGCAAAGAUUCUUUCAUCAUGUAACAAUGGUGCUUAGCAACAUUUGUUUGUAGUGAGGCUGCCCUUUUAAGCUUAGACAAUUUCCAUUUUUGUCCUCAAAAUAACCUGUCACAUUUUGUUAUAAAUUGACCUUACCCAUCCCAUGGUCAGUAAGUGUAUAUUACCCCUAGUGAGGGUAACUGGGAUCAUUUGAGGGGACCCAUGCAUGGGAUGAAGCAUUUAGGAGCUGCCUCUACAGGGGACAGUCCUGGGGUAAAUUUUCUGUUUUCCAUCCAUAUAUCUAAGUUUUGCUUGAAUAUGGAUAGGGAUAAACUUUGUUUUAUGUGGAAUUGGGAGGAGGGUAUGUUAUACAGCAGUUGUAUCCUCUGAAAGAUAUACAUGUCCCUUCAAACCAUUCUGUUGAUGUUGCAGAAGAGGUUGAGAGCCCUAGACUGAGUAUUGCUAAUGUGCAGUAAAACCAUCAGUAAUGGGUCAGAUGAUGCUUUGUAUGCCAGACACAGGUCACCUCUUAAGUCUGUUGGAUACUAACUAUAGUGGCAGGGUUUUGAAUCUGUCCAUGUAGGACACAUUUAGGCCUUGCAUCCAUUUAGUAAGGUAUCCCUGUGGGUAUUCCAGCUUUUCCAUGUGUCUGGACAGAUGCAUGCCAAAGGGGGCAUUAUAUUCAAUCAUUGGCCUAAUGAGCGUUGAGUAAAGGGAGGGGUGAUGACAUCCCUAGAUCUAGACACAAUUCCUUUGUUUACAAGUUGUGCAAUUUAGAAGGACUUACUUACAGCAGUAGACAUAUUUUGGUCAAAAGUUAGGUCACUUUCCACAUAAGUUCUCAAAUCCCAAACAACUGGGCCAGCUCUUACAGGCAUAUUGUCAGUGUGGUAGCUUCCUAGGGUAGAUGACUUCCCAAAGGUUUUUGAACAUAUAUUCUUCUGGAACCUUUAUGCUGUUCUACAUUACCAAUGUUGAUCAUUCUGUUUAAUUUUAUUUUUCAUCUUUCUUUCCUGAACCCAUAGGCAUUCUUAGUGGGCUGUUCAUACUGUGUAGACCUUGUAGAUGGCUGUUUUUCUCAGGUUCUGUAAUUUAGACAGUGUUACAAUAUUUACAGUCAGAAUUAGCCACCUUCUUAUAUUUGAUUUUUUUCAUAAAGCUAUUUAAUAAAUAUAUAUUUAAUAAAUUAACUGAGCCUCUGCAGAGAUUUCUUACCAAUGUAUAGAUCUAAUUCUGUCGGAUCUGUUCAGACAAAAUAAGAAAGUGCUCCUCUUUUUUACCUUAAUGUGAUUGUUAAAGGCCAAUGCAGUGAUCCUUUUUAAUGCUAAAAGGUUGAAAGGUGGUCGUACGCACCUUGCAAAGUCAGAUGUUUCGGAUUUGUACACUAGCUUUCACAGUAUAGCUGCCUCACCCUACCCCAAACAGUGUAUGUUGCUGGACAGAAGUGGGAGAUCCUGAAAAGGCAGACGAGCAAUAAAAAAGGCCAUUAAGUAAAACUGAUAAUUUAAUAUAAGAAUAAAACAAUGGCAAGGAUACUAAGGCAUUUGUUUAUUCUUUUGUUUUCUAUUUAAGUUGUCAUACAUUUCAUUGCACAGAUUUCGUAAAAAAAAAAAAAAAAAAGUGUAUACUAUGGCAUUUUGCCUGACUGUGUCCUUGUGUAUGGUUUCUACAGUAGGCUUUGGUGAGGUCAGGGAAAGAUUUUUCCACUCUAGACAUCUGAUGUGUUGCUGAGGUCUUAGAUAUUUUGUGUGCCUGCCCAGGUACCACAGUCUGUCUUAUGGUUUGUAAUGUGAGCGUCUUUCCCCUUGUUUAGGGAUUCUCAUUGCCUUGUUAGGAAAGAAAUGUGUAAUUUUGUUGCUGCUUGUGGUUUCUAAUCAGCAAGCUUACAGUAAUGAACUGGUUCAGUGAGGGUUAAAGCAAGACUCCAAGUCCCGACUGAAGGUGGUCAUUGACCAAAUGUCUGCAAUACUUAAUGUUAGGGUCAUGGUGUGGGAGCCUGGAUCAAUAUAUGCAAUGUCAAUUUUUUAACCUCUGAUAGUUCAUUGUAUAGGGUACACACCAGGGUGUGAAACAUCUGGAAUGGGUCUAGUCAUUUAGAUUCUUUGAAGUUUGCCUGCUUACAAAAGUCAAGUAGCAGUGUUCAUGUAGAAUACUCCAGGGUAACGGGCAAUUUCUUACAAUCUAAGCAAAUAAUUCAGUCCAUCUGCUAUUACUGUCCGAAUCUCCUCCAUAAAUGUACAGUUUUGGAUACACUUCUGUUCCAUUGCUGUUAAGUCUUUUUAGACUGUAAGUGCACCUGUGGAAUCAUGAUAUAGGGGCUGGAUUACCAGGAUUGCUACUUAUUCUACCCUCCCAUCUCUAACUGCAAGAAGCAUGAAAGCAUACAUCUGAUCACUGACCACGUUUAACCAAGUAUAGAGCAGAAGUUGCAGCAGUUAGGAAGAAAAUAACCAAGUUACACCCGUAAUGCCUUCAAGAAUGUGUCAAAGCAGGAGAUGCAAUAAAAUUCUAUUUUUAGUUUGCCGCUUCCAUCCUACAAAUAAAACGGGACUUCAAAACUACUCAACACACACACAAAAUGAGUUCUUAAAUACAGCGCUAAGCAAGCAGAGACAGCAAGCAUUAGGUAGUUCAGGCUCGGGUAAAUAAGCAACUUGAUACAAAAAAUGGUGUGUGAGGAGAAAUAAACUCAAUUCAGUAAAGAAAAAGCUUUUGAUAAAAUAAGCAUUAAGCAGAUUAAAAUAUUUAAAACAUUUGGUUAAAGCUUAGUAGCACAUAAUUUAAGAACACUAUUGAUUUGAAACAUUUUCAUUAAGACCUGGAGGGAGGGGGUGGCUGCACUGAGGCAAAGUUACCACACUAGUUCUUAAUAUUCUGUUCUUAACCCCCUCCCCCACACACACACACACGCACAUCAUGACUACAGUACAUAUGCAUCCAGCCAAGACUGCUGUACCUUGGAGUAAGUAGAAUUUUCCAGGAUCCUGCAGUCUUGAUUGUAGUACUUACUAAAAUCCACACAUUUCUGUUCACACUUAAGUGCGUGGAACACUUUUGUUGCUCUUUUGUCGUGCUCCUGAUAGAAGCUAAAGUGCAUAUGCUGCAAAGGAAUUUAGAUCAGUUAGUUGAAACAUUUACUGAUCAUCUAAGUAGGUUGUGGUGUAAUACACAAUCAAGCAGGAUGGGAUGUAAUUGUGUAAAAGAGAAGUCUGUUUUCCUGUGGGGAGUGCAUGAUAGUAAGCUCUCUCAACUUCGGCUCCUGCCUUCUUAAACUAAGCAGUUAGGGGCAAGACACAUUUUACAGGAGGGGUGAGCACUGUGAAGACCAGGAGAAUGCAACUCUUACAGUUUUGUGUUUGCUUUCAUCUGGGUUUAAGGAGAGUGAGAGGCAGAUGCAUACAGGGCACUGGGGUAUACUCAGUUGGUGCAUUCAGGGUAUGGGGGGAGUAACUGGUCAAUGUUUGCACAGGCCAUGGGGGAGUGAGAGGUUGGUGCGUACAGGAUAUGGGGAGUGAGUGAGUGGUGGGUCUUUUCUCUGUUCAUUACUAGAGAAGAUUCCUGUAUGGCUUUCUAUUUUUCUCACUGAUUCUGCAUCAUCUAACGGAUUCAAAACAAAGUGACCAAUAGUAGUAUGGUUUCAUACUUUAAGGUUCUUAGAUGAGUCUGUCUUGGAAUGAGACAGAGAUAUCCACAUGGGUUGGAUAGAGAGCUCCAUCUUUAGGUGUGGUUUCUUUAACUUCUGUGAUCCUGACAGGCUUUACAGUUAGAUACAAAAACUGUCAGAAAGCCUUCUGCAAGGCAGAUAUACAUUGGGAAAUCAAAGAGGUAUCUAGGAGAGGUAUCUUCCCUUGCUUCAGUCAUUGAGACUUCUACAUUUCUUAUCUGUCUAGGGCAUGUCUUUGAUUUAGACCACACUUUUUUAUUGCCAAUGUAGAUUUUGACCUUGUAAAGGGCCGUGCUAAACCACAAUGGUCCAUCAGGUUCUUCCACCACAACAUUCUAGUUAUCUGUAAUGUGAAGUACAAGAAAAACAUGGACACCAUUGACGUUUUAUGUGGGUAGAUGUUUUUAUGAAAGUCAGAUUCUGAAUUACAAAGUUUACUUUGCUAACCUGCCUAAGAUAUUGUUGGCCAAAACUGCAGUGAUUAUCCAUAAUACCAAAGAAUUUUAGAGAUAUAAAGUUUGUACUUUUCAGGUUUAGAUUAAUUCUGAAAAAAAUGGUACUUUUCAGAUUUAUAUUCAUUGUGAAAAAAAUGCUACUUUUCAUAUUUAGAUCCAAUGUGAAAAAAUGCUGCUGUUUGUGAGCUAAACCCCCAGCACAUGCUGAGAGUUGUUUUUGGCAUCAGUUCUACAUGCUCAGGAAGGAACAUAUACCAUUGGGGUUAGCAGAGGUUGGAGUAUUGAGCUUGUGGGUGAGUUCAUUGAGUAGUCACCCUCAGAGUAGCUUUGUGGGUGAAAGGUUUUGGCAGAAGGAUGCAGUACCUGUGAAGUAUUUGAACAGCUGGCCCUUAAUACUGAAAAGAAGAAUGUGUUAGUAUAGAUAAAAUGUGGAAGCCCCUCCAUGUGUACAUGUAUUGCUGCCAUGGCAUUUUGAUGCAGUUUAGUGAAAUUAACAAAAAAAACGGUCAUCGAUAAGAAACCCAUUACUGCACAUAAAUCAGAUUUGUUCUCUCAUUUGGCACAGUGGAUAGCAUUCUCACCUCAUAGCAGGAGUUUCCCUGGUUCAAUUCUCAGCUGGGGUGCCUUUUAUGUGGAGUCUGCUUGUCCUGCUUGUGUUCGCAUGGAUUUCCUCUGGAUGUUCCAGUUUCCUCCCACAUUCCAAAGACAUGUAAUAGGUGGAUUGGACAUGCUAAAUUGGCCGUAGGGGUGUGCAUGUGUAUGGUGGGCAAGAACUACCUUGGCUCCAGAUGACUGUCACUGUUGAAAUGACAGCCCAAUCCCAUGUGCAAAAAUUGGGAAAAAGGGGUAGUGGAUGGAUGGAUCCCUUAUCUGUGCUUCUUUUUGUGAAUCUGUGAAGUUAUUUAAAAUGGUAAUAAAUAACCAAAUCACCAUUGCCUUAAGUGGGGGAGGGAGUUCCAGAAUUUGCAUGCAUGGAUGCGAUAUUGCACUGUAUUAGGAGCAGGAAGGAUCAUUUUAACAAAAUUUAAUUCUUGUUUGAAACUUAUCAUUGUUAGGGUUGCCAAAAAAGGUCAGGUUUUGCACUGUUAUGAAAUCUGUUGUAAGGAAUUGCCUUUUAUUGUACCUUUUGUUCCAUCAAAAUUCUUGUUACUGUAUAUCUUUGAAAAAUACACUAAAACUUGAAUGAAAUUAAGAAUAUGGUUAUUGCCUUUAUGGGAGGAGCACACACCUUGUUUUACUCAGUCUUACUUGAAAUUGUGUGGCAACAUUCAGUGUUAUGUUUUUAUGUAUAGAUGUUGCUGCUGUUUAUUAAUUUAAAUAAAGACUGCACUAAA